AUAUUUGCAAUGUCAUUACUCAUUAAUCAUGCCAGUUACACUUGUUUUUUUGUGUGUGCCUUCCUCCACCUAGUUUCUCUUAUCCUUCUGCUUCACCGGUCAACUUUUCAAACUCUCUAAUCGGAGAAAAUGGAGGCAACAACAUCGAUUAAGCCAAGAAUCAGAGUCGCUGCUCUCUCCGGUUCUCUCCGUAAAACCUCUUUCCACACUGGUCUCCUCCGCGCCGCGAUUGAUUUGACGAAAGAAUCAGUUCCGGGAAUGGAGAUUGAGUGUAUAGACAUAUCUCCGUUACCGUUGAUUAACACCGAUCUUGAAAUCAACGGUACUUAUCCUCCGGUUGUUGAAGCUUUCCGGCUUAAGAUUCUUGACGCUGAUAGUAUCUUGUUUGCUUCUCCUGAAUACAAUUUCUCUGUUUCAGCUCCACUUAAGAAUGCACUUGACUGGGCUUCAAGAGCACCUAAUGUUUGGGCUGACAAACCCGCAGCCAUUAUAAGCACCGGUGGAAGUUCUGGUGGAGGAAGAGCGCAAUAUCAUCUUCGACAAAUCGGAGUAUUCCUUGAUCUUCAUUUCAUCAACAAACCCGAGUUUACUCUCAAUGCGUUUCAGCCACCUCAGAAAUUCGACGGAGAAGGAAACCUGGUCGAUGAAGCGGCUAAGGAGAAGUUGAAACAAGUCCUUGUCUCGUUACAAGCAUUCACAUUUCGACUUCAAGUAACGGCGAUAAAGCCACUAAUCAGAGUCGCUGCUCUCUCCGGUUCUCUCCGUAAAACCUCUUUCAACACUGGUCUCCUCCGCGCUGCGAUUGAUUUGACGAAAGAAUCGGUUCCGGGGAUGCAAAUUGAGUAUGUAGACAUAUCUCCGUUACCGUUGAUUAACACCGAUCUUGAAGUCAACGGUACUUAUCCUCCGGUGGUUGAAGCUUUCCGGCAGAAGAUUCUUGAAGCUGAUAGUAUCUUGUUUGCUUCUCCUGAAUACAAUUUCUCUGUUUCAGCUCCACUUAAGAAUGCUCUUGACUGGGCUUCGAGAGCACCUAAUGUUUGGGCUGACAAACCCGCUGCCAUUAUAAGCACCGGUGGAGGUUUUGGUGGAGGAAGAUCGCAGUAUCAUCUACGACAAAUCGGAGUAUUCCUUGACCUUCAUUUCAUCAACAAACCUGAGUUUACUCUCAAUGCGUUUCAGCCGCCUCAGAAGUUCGACGAAGAAGGAAACCUGGUCGAUGAAGCGGCUAAGGAGAGGUUGAAACUAGUCCUUGUCUCGUUACAAGCAUUUACACUUCGACUUCAAGGUAAGUAAGUCAAGUGGGUCAAAUCUCUGAUCAUUUGUGUUGAAUGGAAAAUAAAUGACAAUUGUUGUGAUAUUAAACAGUGUGUUUCACUUACCGUAUAGUACUUCUCAAUAAUAUUUGUAUACAAAAACGAGUGAUGAUAUUUUAACAUCGACCAUCAUUGUCUUUUUUUUU